AUGGAAGGAUUAGCGACGGAUAAAGACCUCACCACCAUGAAUGAAGAGACGAACGAAAACGGAAAUGAUCUGUUAAUAGGGCUAGCAACUCUAAACGAUCACGAAGGAGAAGCAACUUAUGAUAAGAAAGAAGAUAUGGCGAUAUCGAUGCAUAUGAACGAGCAAGACAAAUUAGACGUACCAUCAUUGGUCGAAAUAUGUAAACAACAAUUGAUAGUAAUUUUGAAGGACAUGUCAGCCGAUUCGAACAGUUCGGAUGAAAAAAAUUCUUUUAUGUAUCACCUGAACAGGUUAAGAAGUGCAGUAACCGUUGUAGAUUUGCACAAUUAUAUUGCCGUGUUUGGCCCGUGUCUAAGCUUCAACAAAUUGCCUUCCACCUGGAACAUAUCCGUAUGUGAUUAUUUAAAGCAGCAGCUGAACAUACUUCGGGCUGCGGACUCACAACAGAACUCAAGUAACUACGUUAGCUAUUUCGAACUACCUAACGAUUAUGAAGAUAUUUUAAAUGACAAGAAAAGGAAUACAACCAUCACGGGUAGUAACUCCCUACAAGGGAACCUUCUGUCGAAUAACAUAAAUUCGCAGCUGUCCAUGAAGGGGAGUAGCAUACAUAUGAAUUCUGCCAACAGUACGAGUAAUGUAAGCGGGAAUGUAAGUGGAAAUGCCACUGGACAGAUCAGUAUGAAUAGCGAAGGAGGCAAUUUAGGAUGUUUUACACUAGGUGAUCAUGAAGAUAGCAACAUUGUAGAAGAUUAUUAUGAUUGCCUCAUGAGGACGAAGUUAUCGGAUGAUUCCUCGAAUUGUUUAAAAUAUAUGAUGAAUUCGAAGAAUGAUUCAUUGAGCAAUACGGAUCUGGAAAAUGUUAUAUCUUAUUUGAAAAAGUACGAAGUGAAGGCUAAUAAAAAUUAUUGCAGUUUGGAGGAUGAGUUGAAAUAUAGUAAAGAUUCAGAUUUUGACUACCAGGAGGACUACCUAAAGGAUAAGACUCUGUACGAUUCCGACUUGGAUGAUAAUAAUUUAUUUGAUAGCAACCUGAUAAGCAGGAACAUGAACGACAGCAGUAGCAGCGUGAUGAAUAUGAAUUUGGGCAUUCCGAAUAGCGGCACGGGAAAUAACAGCAGCAACAAUUUCAGUAGCAAGAAUUUUAGUAUGAAAUAUGAUGCUUUGAAGAAGAAUAACAGCGAUGUUAUGAACACAUGGGCGAGAGCAUGCACCGAGGGGCAUCCUGAAUAUCUGCCUAGGAUUCCUGGAGUUCGAUUCAAUCCCAAGAAGCAACAAUGGCUAGCUGCUUGGAACGAUAACACCAGAGAGAUUAGGAGGUACUUCUCCGUUAAGCAGUACGGUUUUGAACAAGCCAGAAUUUUAGCCGUGAAAGCUAGACAAGAAGCUGAGAAGGCAGGCGCUCGGUGCAAACCCAUGUUCCAUGUGCAUGGAAGGAAGACAAUGGAAAACGGUGCAAACGAUGUUAUGAAGAAUAAUAAUGAACUGUUGAUGGAGGAUGGUACCAUCGCGAACAACAACGCAGGAGGGAAUAAUAACAUUAGAGGAGGUAGCAGCCUGGGUGGCAAUAUGGGCAUGAUCAGUAGUAGCGCAAACAAUGCGACCCACGCAGGCACAAACGUAGCGAUGACCAGUGGAGCCAUGCCCGCAGGAGGAACACACGAACAUAUAAACAAGAAAGAAUUAUUGAAAAAUGAAAAUAACAAAGGAAUUAAGCGAGGAAGGGGGAGACCUCCUAAGAGGAAACUGAGCGAAGAUUCGCACCUAUCACUUGACGAUAUGGAGCAGACGCUAUGUAGAAAUGGAGAAAACGCAGAAUUGAUGGAAGCUAUUGAAUCUUUCGAUAAAAACUGUACGAGACCGAUGAAGGGAGUAUCGUACAAUGAUCGAAAGGGUUCUUGGCUAGCCUAUUGGUCCAUAGGGAAAAAUUUCCAGAUGAGAAGAUUCCCCAUAAAGAAGCUAGGUUUCGAAAAGGCAAAGGAGCUAGCCAUUCAGUGUCGAUUAGAAGCAGAACAAGCAGGAGCGACAACCACGGAAAAUAGAACCAAAAGGAUUAGAAACUUGCUAAACAUAAAUUCGGAAAAUACGAUGGAUGUAAUGAUGGACAUGAAUUCACUAGACCCGGAAGAUAAUCUAAAUGACACGAAUAAAAGCCUCAAUGCAAAUAUGAUAAUGUCGCAGAUGCAUUACUAUAAUGCACACGGAAUAAAUAGCAACAAUAAUAUGCACCCAAAUAAAAUGCCACAUAGUGAUUGCCAAGAAAGCGAAAAUGAUUAUUCGCCUACGAAGAGGACAAGGGCACCCAGAGGAAGAAGAAUGGAGAGCCUAACUGCACGUGCUAGUGCUCUCACCCCAGUAGAAGGGGUUCGAUUCGACCCAUAUUCCUAUUCCUGGUUCGCCAAAUAUCUGGAAAAUGAAAAUUCCAAAGAACCCAAAAUAUCCAAAUAUCUUCUAAAAAAAUGGGGGUUCAAUAAGGCACACAGUUUGGCUGUCCAUACGGUAAAGUGCGCUUACAAAGCUGUCCCAUUUACAGACGAGGAGCUGAUUAACAUAUUUAAUGUAGACUCGAAAAAUCUCGUAAAUAAUCAAAACAAUCUGAUGAAUUUGACAUUUAAGGACACAUACAGGAAUAAUACAGGGGCCAAUGGGAACGCUUAUAACGCCAGCAACUACGGUGCAAUGGGUGUAUCGAGUGCGGCGAAUAGCGCGCUUAUGGGCAACAUGGGGUACAUGAAUGGUACCAUGGGCGGGAGCGUUGGCAUGGACCAUGUUGUGAGUGGCAUGGCUAUUAGCGGGGUCAGCGGCGUUGGUGGGGUUAACAGCGGCAACUUUGCGCAAAACAUAGGCGCCUACAAAGAGGGCGUGAACAACACACACGGCCUAAUGAACAACAUAGGAAGCGGCGGGACGGAGAAAAACACAGACAUGAGCAGGAUGAAUGAUGAGGAAACGACUAUCGGGAAUGCAAGUGGCAACAACGUUAAUAUACUGACUAGCAUGGAUAACACGAAGAGCAUGAUAAACAACGUCAACGGUGCCAACAACAUGAAUGCUGCUAGCAAAAUGGGCAUAAUUAACAGCUGCACGUAUAACUACAAUAGUGGGGGUAGUGGCAUAAGCAACGGCGCAGCGGGAGCACUAGCAGAAGGAGCUAGCCCAAAUAAUUACCACCACGGGGGAUUCUUAUCCAACAGCGGAAUCAUUGUCGGUGCCAACUUAGGUGAGAACAAUGUGAACGCCUCAUCAUCCAUUAAGAGCAAUACAACCAUUGCAAAUGGAGUAAAUGUGUAUAUGAAUGAACAAAUGGGGUUAAAUACAAACUACAGUGGAAAAAGUUUCCCAUCAGGGGAAGUGUUAGUUGCGCCGGGUGCGUCCGCAGCAAUGUUGGACGAUGAAAAUCCAAAGGUGGUAAACAAAGCACACCUAAUGGACAGCAGUAAGGGCGCAGGAAAUAAUGCCUGUGGGAAUGUCACACAGAGUAAUAAUGUAGAUAAUUACCUAAUGGUUAGCGAGUGUGUUCUAAAUAAUAACAACAGAAAGGUGAGUGGGGCUCAUGUUGUCAACAAGACGAUAUGUGGAGGUGGAGCAGCAGCCUUCGGCCAUCACCACAUGGAUGACCCAGCUGUAGUGGGUGUAGGGCGACUGAACGAAAUGCACAUGAAUGGAGAGAAUGACAUUAACACGAAUCCAACAAAUGCUCAAUACGGCAUUGCAUCCUCCGGUUCUAACAUAAACAUGAAUUCUGAACCGGUCAUGAAUAAAGGCCUGGUCAACAGCUCCAGUGGCACCGUAAAUAUGGGAGCGAACAACAAUGAUAGUAAUAGCAGCAUCCUGGAGGGACGUGAUGUAAUAGACGGCAGCAGAGGCGUGGAGCAUUCCCUGGAGCAAGGGAAGUUUGUAAAUAUAAUGAACGACUCAGGAAACAUUGAUAACGGUGUCAACAAUGACAACGGCGCGAAUAGUAGCUAUGCUAAUAAUAGCCCUUAUGGCCCAAACGCAGGUGCCAAUUUUAACUCGUACGACGGUGAAAACGCGGGCACGGCCAAUGUGAUUGGCUCUAACGCCAAUGAGCUGAACGACUCCUCCAUGUAUUACAUGAACGUGAAGCCGGAGAUAAAGACGGAGCAGUGA